ACUCCCACCCCAAGUCAGUCAGGGUGGCGGGCCGAGGGAAGGAAGGGCUCGCGGCCAUGUGGCACUGCAAGAGCUUAACCCUUUAACGCCCCUCGGUCAGCCUUUAGCUUCUAGAAAGAGUUCUCCGACUGAGCGCCCCCGAGCUUGGGCCUGCUAGGGCAUUAGAGCCAUUCAGGGAAGAAGAGGGGAGACAGGGAGGUUCAUGACCGAUCUUGACUGACUGUCCCCAGAACACCAGCAUAUUCGCUACAAUCCGCUCCAGGAUGAGUGGGUGUUAGUGUCGGCCCAUCGCAUGAAGCGACCCUGGCAUGGACAAGUGGAGCCCCAGCUUCUGAAGACAGUGCCCCGCCAUGACCCACGCAACCCUCUGUGUCCCGGGGCCACACGAGCCAAUGGGGAGUAGGUGAAUCCGCACUAUGAAGGCACCUUCCUGUUUGACAACGACUUCCCAGCCCUGCAGCCCGAUGCUCCGGAUCCAGGACCCAGUGACCAUCCUCUUUUCCGAGCCGAGGCCGCCAGAGGAGUUUGUAAGGUCAUGUGCUUCCACCCCUGGUCGGAUGUGACCCUGCCACUCAUGUCAGUCCCUGAGAUCCGAGCUGUCAUCGAUGCCUGGGCCGCAGUCACAGAGGAGCUGGGUGCCCAGUACCCUUGGGUGCAGAUCUUUGAAAACAAAGGAGCCAUGAUGGGCUGUUCUAACCCCCACCCCCACUGCCAGGUUUGGGCCAGCAGUUUCCUGCCCGAUGUUGUCCAGCGUGAAGAACGGUCUCAGCAGAGCUAUCACAGCCAGCAUGGAGAGCCUCUAUUGUUGGAAUAUGGCCGCCAAGAGCUCCUCAGGAAGGAACGUCUGGUCCUAUCCAGCGAGCACUGGCUGGUCCUGGUCCCCUUCUGGGCAGUGUGGCCUUUCCAGACACUACUGCUGCCCCGGCGGCACGUGCGGCGGCUACCUGAGCUGACCCCUGCUGAACGUGAUGAUCUGGCCUCCAUCAUGAAGAAGCUCUUGACCAAGUAUGACAACCUAUUUGAGACCUCUUUCCCCUACUCCAUGGGCUGGCACGGGGCUCCCUCGGGAUUAAAGACUGGAGCCACCUGUGACCACUGGCAGCUACACGCUCAUUACUACCCCCCACUCCUGCGCUCCGCUACUGUCCGGAAGUUCAUGGUUGGCUAUGAAAUGCUAGCCCAGGCGCAACGGGACCUCACUCCUGAACAGGCUGCAGAGAGAUUAAGGGCACUUCCUGAGUACAUUAUUGCCUGACGAAGGAAGACAAGGAAACCUCAGCCAUCGCUUGACCAUGAAUGACAGCAGAGCCUUGAGUCUUUUCGUCUGAGAGACCCGGGACCUGGAGUUUGGGCAGAUGUGACAUCAAUAAAACUGCAUCUCAAAUGUUAA